GAAGUGUAUCUGUAGAAUUGAUACUUGUCACAUUAUUACAUCUCAGAAGUUAGUUGAGGAGACGAUAAUGAAUAAAUACAGACUUCCCCAUUUGGGGCUUGAAAACAAAAACACAAAUCGUCUCGUGACUUGGUUUAGCCGUCAUCUUCAAGGCACAAAAACAUUUACAGGAAACCAAAAGCUUACUCCUUAUCCCUGAGAUGCCUUUGUUUUUACUCAUCCUCAAACUCAAGUAGUGUCUCCCCUUUUCUCCUCUCACUCACAUACACUCUCUCGUUGCCGAAGCUUCUCCUUCAUCUCUCUGAUCUGUUUUGGAGAAAUGUGAACAUCAUUUAAAAGUGUUAGUCAACUAUUAGCUCAUCGAUCACUGAGCUUUUUCUUCUAACGGCUUUGGUUGGUUCACCUGCACGUUUCCUAUGGCAGAACUUAACUUUGAUGCACCUCUUCUUUCAACAAGGCGUAUGAAGAAAGAAGCAGUCUCUGUACGCAGAAACAUGGCAAAGAAACUUACUCAUGAUGACUCCAAUACAACAAGUCUUGUCCAAGAAUCUGCCUCUGUUGUUUUCAAAAGUCCCUUAGAGAAGGCCGUUGAUGGAAGCCUGAGAACACAACUGAGCUCAAAGGGUAAGCAUGUAGAGGAAGAAGAAGAAGAUGAUGAUGAUGUCUUCUCUGAUGCUCUUGAUACAUUAUCUCUAAAGAAUAGUAUAAGUGGUAAGGUUGAAGCAUCCGAGGAUCCUGAUCAGUGUCAGGAUUUCAUGUUGAACCGUUUUUUACCAGCCGCAAAGUCAAUGACCAUGGAGCAACAACAACCUCAGUAUGUUAUGAAGCGACAACCAUCUCCCUACAUGUCUGAACCAGUGAGACAAAUUAGAGAUAUACUACUACCAGCUGCAACUCCUAAUAGGUAUGCGUAUAACACCACUCCAUCAUAUUAUCAGGACAUAGAUUAUGAUACAAGCGAUGAAGAUGAAGAUGAAGCUUCUGAGUAUCUAUCUAGAAGAGGCUGUGGGAUGAUGUCACCACAACUCUGCUUUAAAAACUCACUUGGUAUGUUGAGUUCAGUGCCUGGUCUCAAAGAGAAGUCAAGCAAGGUCUCUCAACUCAAAUCUCGGUUUCAAUCUGUGAAAAAGCUGGCUCUUGAUAAGUUGGGAAGCAGAACUCAAUCUCCAGUACAUCCAAGUGUUGAUACAAACCUGCGUACUGCAAGUGUGCCAUCAUCUCCUUACAGACAAACUAGCUGUUUGUCACCGUACCGCAGUGUAGGAAACUGUUCCCCUCUUCACUCUGCUGGCUUCCCUGAGACUCGUAAAGAAGCGGAGAUAAUGAGAGCUAACAGGUUGAACAAACAUAUCAAGAACCCAAAGAAGUCUCAUGACUUACUCUAUCCAAAGAGUACAAGACUUGACUGUUGUACAAGCUCUGUCAUGGAGAAGACUUUGUAUGUUGACAAAGAUAAGACUCCAAACACCAGCAAUGUCAAGAUCUCGCCAGACACAACUUCAAAGAAACCGAAAGCCGUUCUGGAGCAUCAGGCUGUAGAGUCCCUAAGUAUUAGUUGUGGAAUCAAGAAGAUGAAUGCAGAUGGCUUGGAAAAGAACAACAGCGGAUGUGAUAUGUCUCCUCUUGCUUUACCUACACCUAAAAAGCCUUCUGAGUCUUGGCUUUUACGUAAUCUGCCUUCAGUAAGCUCGAAGAUCUCUUCACGGAGAUACUUGUUUCAUCCCAACAAAAAGGAUCUCAAAGAAAACUCCACAAGUGAAACCAAGUGGGAAACUAUAGUCAAGACUUCUUGUAUUCACAGAGAUCAUAUACGCUAUUCUGAAGAACUUGUUGCUCGGUCACCUUGUCAAUCCACAACAUAACACUUUGAAGCUUCCCAAGACUUGACACCUUUUGAAUCUACAACUUUCAUAGGCCUACUAAAAUUCAAGGUUUCUUUUGUGAGCCUUAGAUUGAUUUCCAUUGUGUAGUUAUACUUCCAUUUUAUGUCAGUUUCUUUACCUCGCUAAUAAGAAAGAACAUUUGUUUAUUUGUUAAAGUAAUUGUUAUGUUCAUUUCUUCAUUCUG